UACAUGAUCACUAUAAAUCUUUAUGAUUAUUACGAAAAGUGGUUAUCAAAUAUUAUAUUUUCUUAAUUUAAAUAAGAUUUUUAUCUGUUCAAUGAAAGGUAUCGUUGUGUAUAAAAAUUGAAAGAAAAUGAGUGAUUCUGAGGAUAAUAGUGAUCCAAAGGUGACUGGACCAGUUGAUGAUGCUUGGUCAUUGAAAAUUCCAGAAUUCAAGUUAAAAGAUAAUCCACAUCGUCUAUUGGAGGAAAGUGCCUUUGCUACAAUUUUUCCUGAAUACAGAGAAAAAUAUCUGAAAGAAUGUUGGCCACUUGUACAAAAAGCACUAAAUGAGCAUCAUAUCAAAGCUGAAUUAAACCUUAUUGAGAGUAGCAUGACAGUCAAGACUACUAGAAAAACUUGGGAUCCAUAUAUUAUCAUCAAAGCUCGUGAUAUGAUAAAGUUAAUGUCAAGAUCAGUACCUUUCGAACAAGCAGUACGUGUCCUUCAAGAUGAUAUUAGUGCAGAUAUUAUAAAAAUAUCUUCAUUUGUUAGAAAUAAGGAAAAAUUUCUUAAAAGACGCCAAAGAUUAAUCGGUCCGAAUGGCUGUACUUUAAAAUCUAUUGAAUUAUUAACCAACUGUUAUGUAUUAGUGCAAGGUCAAACCGUUGCUGCCUUAGGACCAUAUAAAGGACUGCAACAAGUACGUCGAAUUGUGGAAGAUACUAUGCAAAAUAUUCAUCCAAUAUAUAAUAUCAAAGCAUUAAUGAUUAAACGUGAAUUAGCAAAAGAUCCUAAAUUAAAACACGAAAAUUGGGAAAGAUUUCUACCCAAGUUCAAGAGUAAAAAUAUCAGUAAACGUAAGAAACCCAAGAAAACGACCAAAAAGAAGCCCUAUACUCCAUUCCCACCCGCUCAACCAGAAAGUAAAAUUGAUAAGCAAUUAGCAUCUGGAGAAUACUUUUUGAAAGAGGAACAGAGAAGAGCAAAGAAAAGAAAAGAACAAGAAGCCAGACAUCAAGAAGCAACUAUAAAACGACAAGAACGUAGAGCUGAGGUCUUCGUACCUCCAGAGGAAAAGAAGUACAAAAGAACAAAAACAUGAUAGAAUAUACAAUAUUUAUUAUACUAAUUUUCAGAAAUAUUUCAUUUUUUUAUAUUUCAGAGUUUAAUGAAAAUUUGUAAUAAUUUUGUAUUUAGUAAUAUGCACAACAGCUGCAAAAUUACACAAAAUAAACAUUACUUAUAAUAGUACAUGAUAUUGUCACGUAAUAUUUUACUUUGCUAAAAGAAAAAAAAUUUAAUAAUUGCAGAUAAAUUCUUCAUACAUCAGAAUAUCAAAAUAAUGGCAAUAAUAUAACCUAAAUAAGUAACAAGCCAUGUUUUUUAUCUCUGUAUUACUGUUCAUUUUCAUAACUUUCAGAAUAAAAUGUAUAAUAAUGAUUACUUGAUAAAAGUAGAGAUAGUUUUUUGAUAUUUGUAAUAAUAAAUGUA